AUGCUAGGCUCGGCAGGCCUCCGGCAGAAGCCGGUGUCGCAGGCCCAGCGCAAUGCUGAGACGCUGUUCGAGACCAAGAACGUGGUGGAAAUCCGCGAAAUUGAGGCGCGCACCCGCAAGGACAUUGCAGACAAGAGCAUCCAGCUGCGCCAGCGGGUUGGCGAUUCACACAGGGACCUGAUAGAAGGUGCCGACAAGAUCAUCGACAUCGCCAAAAAAAGCGGGACCGUGCUCACUAAUUUGCUGGCGAUCCAGGAGAGCAUCGCGGCGCUCGCGGUCGGCGCGGGCGGCGCGCCCGCCGGCGCGGCAGCGGCGGCCGCGGAUGGCGGCGCCGCGGUCGUGAGGAAGCACUCUGACUUGCACGCAAAGCGCUUCCUGAGGGCCGAGCUCGUCCACCGGCAGCUGCUGGCCAGCUUCCCCCGGGAGCUUCUCGCCAGGUUCCCGCUGCUCGGCCACCAGUGGCCGCAGGUCCUGAAGUUCAGGGCCCAAAUCUUGGAGGCCGCGGGCGCGGCGCUGGAGGGCGGCCGCGCGCUGCAGGGCGUCGGCGCCGCGGACGCGCUCGCAGCGCUGGCCGCGCUCGAGUCUCUGAACGCGGCGGCCGCGCUGCGGCGCCUGCUGUCCGCGCGACACAGCUGGCUGCGGGCGCGCCUCGCCGCUGCGGCGGCAGGGGCGGGGCCGGGCGGCGGGGAUGCGGCGGCGGCGGCCUCGGCGCCAGCGGGGGCGGCGGCGGCGGUGCUCUCUGAACUGGCGCGGGCGGUGCAGACAACCAUCGCGCAGGUCGAGCAACUCUUCCUGGCCCCCAAGCCCGCGGCCCCCGCCGCGGCAGCGCCCCCGCCCGGCAGCACCGCCGCUGCGGGGACGCUGCUGCAGCGGGCCGCGGAGGAGGCCGCCAGCGACGCGUCUGAACUGUACUUCGGCGGCGCGUUCGGCUUGGCGGACGGCGCGGCCAGCCCAGAGGCCGUCGAGUGGGAAGCCGCGCUGUCGCGCGUGCUGGCGGCACUCGCACCGCCCCCGCCCGGCGACGUCGUGGCGGCGUGCCGCGGGUGGCUGGACGAGGUCGCUGGCAGCUUCCUGUCAGGGGGCCUGCAGCUGCUCGGCAGCUGCCAGGAUGCCGAGGAGCUCAGAUCGGUGGAGGCGGAGGUGCUCGCGGCCGUUGAUGCGUGGCAGCCAGAGGCGCCCUCGACAAACGGCGAUGCAGUGGCGACAGCGGCGGCGCAGGCGGCGGCGGGGCAGCAGCAGCAGCUCAAGCAGAGGGCGGGAGCGGCGGCAGCAGCGGCAGAGGGCGGGGGCGCGGCGGCGGGCGGGGCGGCUUGGUCGGCGGUCGCGAACGCAGUAAUGGGCGGCCCCCUGGAUACCUGGCAGGCCCUCCUCCACGCGCCCUUCAUGGAGCGGAGCAAGCAGCUGCUGGCGGCGCUGGUACAUGAGGCCGGCGCCAGCGCCUCCGCGCCGCUGGAGGAAGCAAUGGCCGCCGCCGCCGCGGCCGAGCCCGCCGCCGCCGGCCGCGUGCGCCUGGCGGCCUGGCCGGGCGCGGGGGCGGGGGCGCAGCUGCCGCGGGCGGACAGCGGCGGGGCGGGGGCGCUUGGGGCGGCUCGGUCAUGGUCGCUGGGCGGCGGCGCGUCGGGGCAGCUGCCUGCUGAGGUGCCGCUUGAGGCGGGAGGAGGGUUCCUUUUGCUCGUGGUCCCCAGGAAGACGAUAUGGGUAGCAGGGCCAGCGUCUCCGUCGGCCCACACCCAUCUCGUUCGCGAGCCCACGUGA